AUGACUGCAAACCCAAGGGCCAUAUCUAUAGAGAUAAUCAUGGGCUACAAAGAAAAAAGACUUGAUUCAGUUCAGUCUGCAUCUGAAUAUAAUAUACAGUUUUAUCCCUACACAAGGAGGAGAAUUUAUGUCAGAACUUCUUCCUGUUCUUUCUAUAUGAUCUUACUGAGUGCUCAUCACCAGCUGCCCAUGCAUACUGCUAUUUGCACGGGGUUGGAGGACACACCACGUGGGUCUCUACCAAGAGAGCAACUGUCUCAGCACUCAGGUGUUAUCCUCAACAGUGAACUUCAAUCUUUGGCUUAA